UUUUUCAAAUGCAUUUCUCAGGCUGCACUCGCACAGUGAGGCUGAUGAUGCACACGUUGCACACACAUCCAAGAGUAAGGAGGGCGGGAGGAAGAGAGAGGCAGUCUCACAGAGGAGGAGGAGGAUGCGAGGCAGUAGCCAAGAGCCGCCGAGCUCCACAGAGAGCGAUGCAGGCAGAAGCUCCAAGCCCAGCAUGAAGGUGAGGAGGGCGGAAGAGGAGCUGCUGUCCUCCUCGGUCAUCACGGUGGACGACGUCCUGGGCCUGGACAACAUCACCCACAACUACCUCUGCGGCCCGGAGCACAACAUCUACAACAUCGACUUCACCAGGUUCAAGAUUCGAGACAUGGAGACAGGCACGGUGCUGUUUGAGAUCACCAAGCCGCCCUCUACAGACAAAAGCGGCGAAAAGAAAGACGUGGAUCCAAACGCAGGCCGCUUCGUGCGGUACCACUUCACGCCCGCCUUCCUGCGACUGCGGCAGGUCGGCGCCACCGUGGAGUUCACGGUGGGCGAGGAGCCCAUCCAACACUUCCGCAUGAUCGAGCGCCACUACUUUAGAGAGAAGCUGCUCAAAAGCUUUGACUUUGAGUUUGGCUUCUGCAUGCCCGGCAGCAAGAACACCUGCGAGCACAUCUACAACUUCCCGCCUCUUUCUGACGACGUCAUCCAGGACAUGAUCCUGCAUCCAUAUGAGACCCAAUCAGACAGUUUUUACUUUGUGGACAAUAAGCUGGUGAUGCACAACAAGGCUGACUACUCCUACAAUGGAGGCACGUAGACCAGGAGGCGGGACAUUGGCUGCUGCCUGUCAAUCACAUUGUCUCCCUCCUCUCGUGUGUGGCUGUGGUGGUUCUGUUCAAAGUGGACCAACCAGGAAGUCGACAGUGAGAGAGUGUGUGUGUGUGUGUGUGUGUGUGUGAAACAUUAACACGUUUUAACAGGUUUUUUAGGGGUUACAAUGAUGAUGAUGAUGAUGUCGCAGUUGUUAUGAGUGGUACUUCCUGGUCUUUCAUUUUCAUCGAUUACAAAGUGUGUGUGUAUGUGUGUGCGCCUCAUGUGACUUUGUUCACGUCUGGAAUAAAAUAGGUCGUAAAAUAUUUAUAAUAGUAUAAUAAAACAACGUUUAACUUUUCAACAACUUGGAACUUUUCAAAAAUUUAAAAGAAAAUGUUUGUUACAUGUCACAUGAACAUCUCAGCAUUUCAACUAAAGACAGAACGACACUGUGCAAUACCAACUUGUAACUUAAACGUACAUUUAUGGAUACAAUUAUUUUGUGAAUGAUGAAAGUAGCAAAAAUAAAGAUUGAAUUGAUAUUUUGUAAAUAAUGGGUG